CUGAGAGUUUGAAGAGGUCAAAGGUGAAGUAGCUGUCCCUGUGGAUACAGAUAAGUGAGCAUGUGCUAGGAUACUGUACAGAUAAAAGGCUGGACACACCGGACAGCACGCAUCAGCCAGGUAACUGACCAAUCAAAAGUCAGGAUGACUGACCAAUCAGGAAAGGAGAUGAGUGACUAUCAGGAGCAGGGCCUGCUUCAUGAGAUGUUUUCACGACAGGCUGAGGCCGCACCCUCCCAGGUGGCACUGGUGGAGGCAGAUGGCAGUCACAUGACCUUUGGAGAACUUGAGGACCGUACCAACAUCCUAGCUGGUUUCCUUCGUAGUCAGGGUGUCGUCACAGACAAAUGUGUUGGGAUCUAUCUCAACAAAAGCAUCAACUUCUCCCUCUCCUACAUAGCUAUCCUUAAGGCAGGAGGAGCCUACCUGCCCCUGGACGUAGCCUACCCUCCGCCCCUCCUACAGUCUAUACUUAGUGAUGCUGAUCCUGUUGUUAUAAUCACUUCUCCAGAGCUGGUCUCAGCCCUGCCAGACAAAGGGAAUGUCCUGGUACUGAAGGAAGGGUGGUCAAAGGAGCUGGAAUCCAAAAAACGGACAGACCAGUCAAACAAUGCCGACAAUUCUACAACACUGGACAGUCUGGCCUAUAUUGUGUAUUCCUCUGGGACGACAGGAAAACCUAAAGGCAUCAUGUGUCCUCAUAGGGGUUCAGUUUUCUCCUACCACUGGCGCCAUCUAGCCUUCCCCUACCAGUCUGAUGACAGAGAAGCUUGCAACAUCUUCUUCACCUGGGAAAUGUUACGGCCUCUUCUCAAAGGGAUUCCCAUGUACAUCAUCCCCAACACAGUGAUCUAUGACCCACCCCUACUGUGCGACUUUCUUCAUGAACAUAAGAUCACACGUAUGCUGUUCACUCCAUCUCUCCUGGAGGCUGUUCUGAACACCUCAGGACUUGACCUAAACACCAAGCUUAAAAGUAUGAGGCAGAUCUUUUUCUGUGGGGAGGUGGUCACAACAGCUCUCUUUGAGCGUUGUCGAAAGAUGUUGCCAUGGAUACAGUUCCUCAACCUGUACAGUGUGUCAGAGUGUCAUGAUGUGGCAUGUGAAGAUCUGGGAGAAUACUUCCAAAAUAACCAGGGAGCUAUAAACUCAAGAAAGUUUUGUCCAGUAGGACGGAUACUGCCUGGGGUUGAAGUGGUCAUUCUAGAUGACCAGUACAAUCCACAGCCAGUAGGGAGCUCAGGGGAGAUCUAUGUGGGAGGACCCACUCUGGCUAGAGGGUAUCUCAACCGACCAGAGCAGCAGGCUGUUCGGUUUAUACCCCGCCCUGUAGCAGUACCAAGGGGGAUUGGGGAUAAGUUGUACCGUACUGGUGACUGGGGCUACAUGCUGUCUGACGGGAGUCUGGAAAUCUGUGGACGGUGUGACUCCAUGGUCAAAAUCAGGGGCUACUCCAUAGAAGUACAGGCAGUGGAGACAGCCAUAUUGGAGUUACUUGAGGUGAACGCCUGUGUCAUUCUGGUAGAAGGAGAUGAGGGUGACAACAAGUUUCUUGUUGCCUACGUAGUUACCGAGGGUCAGACAUCAAAGAAGGCUCUACGUGCUGCCCUUAAACUUAGUCUUCCCUUCUACAUGAUUCCUGCUUACUUUGUAAUCAUGCCAAGCCUUCCAAUUGUUGAGGCUACAGGUAAAUUGGACAAGAAAGCCCUACCUCCAUUUGACAACGAGAGUGAAAAUGAUAUAGACAAAGAGGCUCAACCUUCCACAGACACUGAGAAGGAGGUGGCCCAGAUCUGGAAACAAGUCCUACAAAUCAAGGAUGUGGACAUUCAGGAGAGUUUCUUUGACCAAGGAGGUCAUUCUCUCCUGGCUACACAGUUACUAGGCAACCUACGAGAUAAGUACCAGGUGAAUAUCACUGUACGGGACCUCUUCAUCCACCCAACCAUAGCCAGCAUCAGCCAGUUGAUCGAGGCAAAAAAGAAAAACUCUGAAGGGGAUCUCGUAGUUCCAAAAGUGACAUUUGAUCUUAAGGCAGAAGUGAAACGUCAUGAUAUGGCCAAGGUUGACAUUGACAUGAAGCUGAGAGCAUUCUGGAGGAGCUUUAACCUACACAACGAGAGCAAGUAUAAAAAAGCCCGCGUCCUUCUUACUGGAACAACAGGUUUUCUUGGGGCCUUCCUCCUCAGAGAAUUACUUCUCACCACCCAGACCACAAUCUACUGUGUGGUGCGAGAGCUCCCUGACAAGAGUCCCACUGACCGUGUAGAAGCAACAUUGAAACAGUUUGGAAUCCUGGCUGGUUCAGAACCCCCUACAGAGGAGCAGACAUUUCUUGCUAAGCAGUUUAAGGCACAUGUUCAUGCCAUGAAGGGUGACGUGGCAUUGGUCAAGCUUGGCAUGAACGAGGAUGAUUACACAUACCUGUGCACAGAGAUUGAUUACAUCAUACAUGCUGCUGCAUCUGUCAACCUGGUAUACCCCUAUAGUGCACUGCAAGGAGCUAAUGUCAAUGGAACGGUAAACAUGGUGUUGUUUGCCUGUACAGGGAAAAUCAAACCAUUCCAUUACGUCAGUACUGAUGCUGUAUUCCCUAAUGGCCUUCGAGACUGCCGAGAAAAUGAUGACAUCACACCUUUCUGUGACCAGCUGACCGAUGGAUACUCACAAUCAAAAUGGGUGGCAGAACAACUGAUAUCAAAAGCUGAUCAGAGAGGCAUUCCUGUGGUCAUCUACAGGUUAGGGAACAUGUCAGGUGACAUGACACAGGCUUACUGGAAUCCCCAGGAUCUGACAUUAGUGCUGCUACAGGCGAUCACCAGGCUAGGUGUGGCACCUGAUGUUGACUGGCUGGUGGAGAUGACACCUGUUGACUUUGCUGCCAAGUUCCUCAUCAAAAUGACAUACAAUCUAUCUACAGCUCUGGGGAAGGUCUACCAUGUCCUUAACUCCAAACCUAUACAUUGCAGGUGGCUGUACAAGUGGAUGAAUGCAAAUGGUUUUCCUGUGGAGGUCGUCAAGUUCACUGAGUGGAGAAAAAGAGUUCUAGAAAGUACAGAAGUUGAUGGCAUGGCCGAUCUACAGCGAUUGUUGGAGUCAUACAUGAGGGAUGAAGGAUUCUUCAGUGAGCUGAGUACCUACUGCACAGAUAAUCUUGACCAAGCCUUGUCACAGUUAAACAUCAAGUACCCACAAACAGAUGGGGACCUUCUCAAAACCUACUUCUCACAGCUGAGCAAACGAGGGAUCAUUUCAUCAGGAGAGGGAACAGUAAGGAAGGAUCCUGGACCACUUGACGGUAAGGUUGCUAUAGUGACAGGGGCCUCCAGUGGUAUUGGCAAGGCCAUUGCCAAGACUCUGGCUGGAGCAGGGGCCAAGGUUGCCAUGGCAGCACGACGAGUGGAUCGGUUACAGGAAAUAGAGAAAGACAUCAGGACAAAUGGUGGCGUUGGCAUCUGCAUCCAAACUGAUGUCACAAGAAGGGAUGAGAUGAAACAGUUGGUCAGUCAAACAGAGUCCAUCCUCGGUCCCGUAGACAUUAUGGUCAACAACGCUGGCACCAUGUUCUACACGAUGAUGAAGAACCUUCAUGAGGAUGAAUGGGAAAAACAGAUAGAUGUCAAUAUCAAGGGCCUGACUAACGGUAUCGGGGCUGUCCUAGACGGAAUGCUGAAGCGUCAGUCUGGACACAUCGUCAACAUGUCUUCAGAUGCAGGGAAAAAAGGUUUUCCGGGUCUUGCUGUGUACUCGGGGACAAAAUUCUAUGUAGAGGGUUUGUCCCAGGCCCUGAGACAGGAAGUGUGCAAAUUAGGGGUGCGUGUGACCUGUAUACAGCCCGGUGAUGUAUCCACAGAGCUCCUGACAACAAAUACUGACCAAGAGGCAAAGGAAGCUUAUGAUGGCAGCCAGCUAUGUCGUAUCUUGGAUGCAGAGGAUGUGGCAAGAGCUGUGCUUUAUGCAGUCACACAGCCACCACAUGUAGGGAUUAACGAGAUCCUGAUCGAGCCCCGUGAGGCUCCAGUGUGAUUCUACUAGGAGGAGCUUUCAGGCACAUAAUGGAAACUAAGUGCUACAAUUUCAAGGAAAUGUAUUACAAUUUAUAGCUGUAUAUUUCAUGGAAGAAUACUGAAAGAACAGAAAGAUUGAAAAAAAUUCUGUCACAUAUACAUUUUGUAUAAGGAGAUUUUACGGGUAUAUGAACAUCCCGAAUCUGAGUUAUAUUUAGGUUCUUGGAUAUCAUAAAUAUGAGUGACAUCUCGAGUGAACAAUGAAUUGAUCACAUGUCCUUUAGCUAGACAUCCUAGGAAUUAUCAUUGGUAUAUCAGAUUUACACUCCCUGGCAGGAUAUAUGUUAUAUGUAUUUGUCAGGUAUAUCCCUGUAAUCUACUGUUUGUACAGACAAUUUUUAGGGUAAUGAGAAUUAAUUGUCAAUUAGUCAUUCCCGAGAAAUCCAAAGUACUAAUGUAUUAUAUAUCAUGUAUAAGUUCUGUGUAUAAACAUAAAAACUCUAUAAAAUGUCUGCUUUUUACAAAUUUGAUUUAUAUACAUGUAUGUAGGAUUUUAAAUGAGAUUUAAUUUCAUAUAAGAUUUUAUUAAACAAGUCUGAAAGUUU